AUGUACCAGGAGGACUCGCCCCGCUCGGCCGCUGGACGGAGUGGCCACGCCCGGGCCCGUCUCCUCGCCACCCCACCUUCACCCCCGCCCAUCCUACCCAUCCAUGAGUUCCCCGAGGUACCGACGUUCAUACGGGAAUGGUGCGACGUGUACCUCGGGGCUGUCCUAGGACAGACCAUGCUCAAGCGUACGCCCGCUGUGGCAGACAUUCAUUCCCGCAUGAGGAAUUUGUAUGUUUCGAGGGUGGAGUGGCGGAGGUGUUUAGCUGGGUGCCACUCGUCGUUGGAUGAGGAUGGAGUUGGGGUUGGUGGUGUCGGUGUAUGUGAGGGACUAGCUGAUGGUGGUACUGCGGGUGGAUGGGAGAGGGAGCAUUGGCAUCAUUAUCUUGUGGUGGAGGUUUCGCUGAAGGGCGAGGAAGAGCAAGGGAGGAAGGGUGCUGGUGCUGGUGUGGCUAGGUGCACGACGAGUCAGGUUCAAGGACAUCUUCGUAUCGAGGGUACCUGUCGACCUCAUCUUGUUUUCGAUCAUAACGACCCGCUGGGUAGAGUAUCCCCAACUCAAUCUCCACCUUCGCCUUCUGCCACCUCAACAGACUCGUUCAGAAUCACCAGCAACUACGACAGCAACGAGAAUUUUCUCGACUUUUCGUCGUUCAACAUCGAGGAUGAAGAUGUAGAGUCGACGCCUGUACCUGCUCGGAGGCGCUUCUCUGGUAGCGACGACGGCCAUGGCGAGGGGGUUAACUCGAAACCUAAGGCGCAGGGAGACACGAGUCCGCUCUUCAUUAGUCCUUUUGCGUCAAGGACUAACAGUUCAACGUCGACUGUCGCCACUGAGAGGACCUCGUCGUCUCCCUCUUCCAACUCGCCUUCUCGAUCCAACUCCCACACCAAAUCACGGUCCAACUCCAACUCCAAUUCCGAUUCCAAUCGCAACUCCAGCACACAUUCGAGCUCGUCGAGUUUUGGGUCGCUGAUGGGCAAGAGGGGUAGUAGUGGUGGUGGUGAAGGGGGACCAAGUUCUGCAAUGGCGGAUAGACUGGUCGUUUCGACCAUCGAACAUGGUCGUCCUUUGUAUGGGCUCCCUGGGUCGUUGGAGGACCAGCACGUUCGAACUUUGUUCCACGACCACGAUGACAGGGUGGGCGAGGCCGGGGCCAGCGAUGAUAGGCCCGCGCUCACGCUGCGCGACUGGGCGUUGUUAGUCGAUGUGGUGGAGAGUUCGGUUCAAGUUGGGGAGUUGGGGUUGGUGCACCAGCCUCCUUCGUUAUCUGGCGAUGACGGUAACGGGUUAAAUGGGGGAAGCGAGGAGGGUGUUCAAGUUGGACUGGACGAACGAGCUUGUUGCUGUAGGGUGUUCAGACGCCUCCUUGCUGUUGUGCCGUCGGUCUCGAGUUUGGAACCUGCUCAGCGUGGAGGUAUCGGAGAUGCAGUCUCAGACCCGUCAUGUCCUGAGGAGCAUAUGCAGGGCCGGGAGAAGAUUCAGGAAGGUAUUCGGGCGAGGUUUGAACAGAGGAAGCGGAAGUUCGAUCGGGAGGUAUGUUUAAAACCUACUGUCUGGGGGGACAAAGAUGCUGAUUUGAGGCUUGGGUUUUUACUAGUUGCGCCUUAUUUCUGGACAUAA